CGCAGCGACUGGAAGCUGAAUAAUUCCUCGGGCUUGUUUGGGCGUUUGUUAUUGCUAAAUAGCUAAAAUGAUAAAUAAAUCUGCGCAUUUUUUAAAACGACUGUGCGCUUUAGGUCAUAUUUAGCUUGACGUAAUUUCGUCCACACUGUAAACCGUGUCAGCUUUUUCGGCUAAAUGAUUGUGACGUUAGCUGAGCUGAGCUAAGCUAAGCUAACCAACUGAGGUUUUACUGAAACGGAUCCAACUAUGGCAUCAUGGCCUCAACAAAGAUCAAACUUGGUGUCCUAAAGAAGAGUUCACCCACUUCUGUAUCAAAGACCAUCUCCAAGGAGACCUCUCCGGACUCAAAAUGCCCCAUAUGCCUGGAUCAGUUCAAAAACAUCUCCUGUGUAGACAAAUGCUUACAUCGGUUCUGUUUCCGGUGCAUCCACGAGUGGUCCAAGAAUAAAGCAGAAUGUCCGUUGUGCAAGCAGCCGUUCAGCUCUAUUUAUCACUCCAUAAAGGCUGAAGAUGAUUUUAAGCAGUAUGACCUGCGGCCGAGCGAGAACGGCUCUUUCGGCAGUCUGGCUGGCCAGAGGUUCAGGUACAGAACCACGCUGACUGGUGACCGUCGGGCCGAGAGACGAACGUCCCCUCCCCCAGACCAUGGGGUGAUGUUUGAGGGUCUAUCAGGUUCAGUUUCCCAUGGGAAUGACCGCGGUUUCCACCGGAUGGUGGCAAGGCUGGCGGCACGGCGGCAGGCGCAGGGCGAGGGCCGAACGCUGCGGACUCUCCAUGAGCAAGAGAUGAUCCGUUUCCGCCGGACACUGUACCGACGGGGCCUGUGGGUUCGGGGUGUGCGGGACGGUGGCCGGUCCAGAGAAAUAUCAGUUGAGUUCUUUAGAGGGAACCCCGCGUGCCUCCACCGGCUGGUGCCUUGGCUGAAGCGGGAACUAACAGUGCUAUAUGGAGCCCAUGGCUCUCUGGUCAACAUCGUCCAGCACAUCGUCAUGUCCCAGAUCACGCGCUACAACUUACAGGACCCAGCUGUGCUGCAGGAGCUCCGCCCCUUCUUGCUUUCUCGCACUGAGCACUUCAUCCACGAGUUCCAGAGCUUUGCACAGUCACCUUUCAACAUGGAGGCGUACGACCAGAAUGCCGUUUACGAAUGCUCGGCUCCUUCUGCUGAGGAGAACAGCGGCUCAGACUCAUCUGUCAUCACUGUCUCUGAGGAUGAGACAAAUUUGCCAGGAACAGGAGUCCAGGCUAGCUCAGCUAUGCUAAGUCAGACACCGUGGGACGAUGAAACUCCGGGUCCGUCCUAUUCGACAGACCUGCCUCGGGUUUUCACCGUUUCCGUGACUUCCAGCGACUCAGACAGUGAAGAAGAAGCAGGACCUUCCACAGCUCCAACAGCUCCAGCUGGAGCCGAGGUAGAUGAGGAAAAACACAGCAGUAGCAGUGAAGAAGACUGUGUUAUCGUUGGUUACGUUAAACCAACAGCGGAAAGGACCCCUGAGCUGGUUCAGCUUUCAUCUGAUUCUGAAGCAGAAGAAACAGAAAGUAAUCAAACGUCUCAGCUUCAGCACAUUCAUUUCUCCUCACCACCAGACUUGCCAACCUCACCAAGCUCCAACCAAUCAGCAGUCAGAGAAAAGUGCACUUACAGACAUACGAGUUUGAGUAGAAGCAGGCCAUCCCCAUCACAUGACCACCAUCCACCAUCUGCAAGACGGUCUUCUAAAAAUCCUCGGCAUAAGAAAGAUGUCCAUGACAGAAGACACCACUCAGAGAGGAAAUGGAAAGAUAGAUCCAGAUCCAGAGAUGGUUCCUCACAUUGCCACAGGAAGCGCUCUAAGGAUAGGAGACAAACCCAAGACGUCUCGUCUUACCAUCACUUACACACACGCCACAGCUCUGAAAGGGGCACCAGCAGUAGAUAUUACACUCAUGUGCACUACAGUAGCAUAGACAUCAAUCCAGAAAAAUACACUCGUGCACGGUCGCGAGAACGUUCUCGUGCACGGUCGCGAGAUCGGUCUCGUGCACGGUCGCGAGAUCGGUCUCGUGCACGGUCGCGAGAUCGGUCUCGUGCACGGUCGCGAGAACGUUCUCGUGCACGGUCGCAGACCAAUUAUCAUUCUCGCUCGCGCAGUAGAAGCUGGAGCCGAAGUCUGAACAGGAGGCACUCUAGAAACUCCUCUCCUUCUGCCACCUACAGGAGGUCAAGACACGAUAAACCCAGCGGAAAGCGUAAAUACAAAUCCCUUCAUCUAGAACCUUCUACAGCUGGGGCCACUGAUGCUCCAGCGCAGGAGAAUGGAAGUAGAGAGAAACGUGAGAAAAAGAGAAGGAGCACCAGUGUAGAGAUCAUUUAUGAGGACGAGUCUGGAAAACAUCUCAGGAAAAAACACCACAAAAAGAAGAAGAAACACAAGAAGAAGAGGAAGAGGAGUAAAGAGAAGUGGGAAAAGAAGUCACCGACUGUCAUCACCAUCAACAGCGAGAGUGAUUUUGAUGAGACCAGAAACCACACAGUUAUGAAUCUCCCUACAGGCAGCAAUGUUAAUGAUGCCGAGUCCCCUAGCACAACCCCAAACGUCGCCCACAGUGAAAGAGAUUCAGGUGAAAACACAACGGCCCCCCCGUCUCCACACGAGCAACAGUGCAACUAGUGCUACUGCCUCUAGCACAAGCCCUGUAGAUCUGUCCCAGCUGUCCAGAGCAAACACUCACCCUGCAGAUCCGCCACGACUGAUCAGCAGCACUGUCCAGUCCUAGCCAUCAGGAACAUCAAAACACACCAGCAUUUGCUGGACACGGUUUCGCUGAAGGCCCAUCGUCAUCGUCGAACUGGUCUUGGACGGACGUGCUGGAGUUAUUUUCAUCAGAGCAGUCGAACUGAAACUGGCCUGCAGACCAAUACGUGCAAUCUUACUGUGCAUUAUAAUGCAUGAGGAAUGGAUAUGAUUCUGUUAUUGCCAAAAAAGUUUAUUUUCAUAGAGUUUAAAUGAAAAUCAUUUACAACGUGAUGGAUUUCUUUAUUCUGGUUUUAAUGUUGGUGAUCUCGUAGCAUCACUUGUGUUUCACACUUCACUUCUGUAAAGCUGGAUGAACCGUUCUCAGGGAUAAAGACCGUGGCUGAAGUUUCUCUCGGCCGCAGCGUUAGAACUCGAGGUCACUGGUAUGUUGACUGGGAUCAGUUUGUAAAACAUUUUUAGGAGGAGGACGCUGCCGGUUUACAGUGUAAACAGUAGAUAUACUACCAGGUCCAUAAAUGUUUGGACACAGAGUUACUGUUCUCAGUUUGUUGGAGUUGAAAUUAAAUCAUGAGAAUGAGCUCCACAAUGCAGACGUUUAUUAUUAUUUCCUUUUAAUAAUUACAUCCAAAUUGGGUGAAUGCUGUAGGAGUUGAGAUGUUUUUCCAGAUUAGCCCUCCAUUCUUAAUUGAACAAACUACUGAUCAUAAAUGAAACUGUCAUUUUAAUACUUAUUUGAAAAUCUUUUGCAGUCAGUGUGUCUGAAGUCUGGAAGCCAUGGUCUUCACCAGACUGUACAUGUUCAGUGCAGUUUAUAAGGGAAAAAUCUAACAUGAGGCUGAACGUGGCGCCUGAAAUGCCUUCGGUAUGCAAUAAAAUCCAUCCUGUGAGGCCAAAA